UUUCAGGAAGCGGAAGCAGGAAUGUUGGAGUGUUUUCAGAAAAGUUUGGACAAGUUUGACAGUUUGGGAGCUGCGACAAAAACCGCGGAGAAACAUGACGGAGUGUUACCUGCUGCUGAUGUUCCUAUAGAGUCGCCAGUCUCCUCUGAUGGACUGAUGGCCCUCAACCAGACACACAGACAGGCAGAUAUGGAGAGUGGAUCUCUGGCCAUGGACACCAGCACUGCUCCAGAUCCUAGAGUGCAGGCAGACUACAAUGUAGCCUGUCUGCGCCGUCGGGCAUGGGCAAAGAGCAAAGAUUCCACCUGGCUAGAAUCAGAAGAAGAGGGACCCCAACAGAACCAGAGGGCCGGGGAAGAGCAAACACCCUCAGAGGAAACAGGGCAAGUGCCUAACAACAUCGCCAGCUGGCUGAUUAAAUGCAGGACUCCCCUGGGAGCCUCCUUAGAUGACCAGACUGCUUCUCCCAGCAAAGGAGUGCAGAAGAACGGCUGCAGCUUUGAAGAUGACCUUUCAUUGGGAGCUGAAGCCAACCACCUUCAGUCCAGUAACAAUACAUCUGAAUCCUGCUUUGGGCUUGCUGCGGAUCAGAAGAGGAGUCAGUAUAAAGAGAGAGCAAGAAGUAUGAACUCCACAGGAUCAGGGAAGAGCAGCACUGUGUCCAGUGUGUCAGAGCUGCUGGACCUGUAUGAGGAAGACCCCGAGGAAAUCCUUUUAAAUCUUGGUUUUGGUCGAGAAGAACCUGACCUAGCCUCGAAGGUUCCUUCCAGGUUCUUCAACAACUCCUCUAUAGCGCGAGGCAUCGACAUUAAGGUCUACUUGGGAGCCCAGCUGCAGCGCAUGGAAGUGGAGCACCCCAACUACGCUCUGACCAGUCGUUUCCGUCAGAUCGAGGUCUUGACGACAGUAGCUAACGAGUUCUUCCAGCUCUACAGUCAAGUCUCUGGUCAGCCUGUCCAACGUAUCAGCUCCAAGGACCAAGGAGGGGGAGAAGGAGAAGAAAACGAGUCGUGUCCUCCUUUGAAGAAGACCAACUCAGCUCGUAACGUUGCUAAACUCCUCAAGAAAACCAUCAGCAAAAAAAACCUGCUUGCGGCCUCCCCCGAGUCGCCUGAAACAAACAACCAACAGCCGCAGCUGAACGGACACGCUAACCCUGAUCACACGCACUCUAACGGUCACUCCAACGGUCACGCUAACGGCCCGGAGCAGAACGGCAGCAGUACUGACCCAGACCACCAGGCGGACACAAUCAACCAGAAACAUAUGCGCAGGAAAGACUGUUUCCUGGCAACCGUCACAGAGGAAUCCAACGGUGAUGGAGACGACAGUCCUGAACAGAGCAGUGCCAGUCCAGCAGCCAAUGGAGAGCAUGAACCAGAAUCAGCUGACUCUCCGUCAACCAAUCAGAGAACAGAGGACAGGACCCAGGUAGGCAAAGAAGAGCUGGAGGAGAAGAACCGGACCUCAACCCCAGAGAAAGCUCAUCCCAGCCUGGCCCUGUUCAAGCUGGCCCAGAAGGAAAACACAGACUCUUUCGAGAUGGAGGAGAUUAACGAAGAUGAGGGUCUGCCACAAAGAAAUUCCAGAGCAACCGACCUGUUGAGGACAGUCAGUCAGCAGUCAGACAGCAGUGGUUUUGCUGAGGAGCCGUCUGCAGACUCCAACAUCUACCUCAAGGUGCAGGAGAGCAGUGACAGCUGUGACAGCGAGACCACCGUGACGUCACUUCCUUCACUAGAUGUGGCCACGCCGGUCCCAAUGGACCAACCAGCUUUUGAGAUGCCAGACACCUAUGAGGAAGAGGCGGGUGCUGCUGCUGCUGCUGCUGAGGCUGAAGGGAGAAGUGGAUCCAGGGAAGAUGACCAUGAUGGGAGUUUAGAGCAGAUUCUGCAGUACUCAUUGCACCACCUACCCAAGAACAUAGGAACGCAACAGGAUGAGAUCAGGGAGGAGGAGCUAGUUGAAAGUGAACACCAGAAUGAUUCCCAACCAGAACCAGAACAGGUGAUUAUACCUGCUGCAGAACAAGAACCACAACCAGAGUUGGAACACACCCCGAAUCAGACGGAGACCGCUGCAGACGCAGAACCACCCACAGAGGGAGCGGGUGCUGAGGAACAGGCCCAGGAAGAGCAAGGAACCUUGGAUGAUUCUGGUCCACUUUGUUUUCCUCCUCCUCCAUCGUCUCCAGUCCUCUGCGCUCUGUACCGAGCCAAACAGAGCCAGCUGUCCCAUGGUCAUGAUCUGACCCAUAUCCCAGGGAGAGGACGAGGAAGACGUGGCAUCCCCCUGCAGAGGUCCUCCUCCUUGCCUUCUUCGCUCCUCUCCCCCACCAGAGUUGUGUCCUCUGUCAGGAUCCAGUUUGGGCGAGGACAGGCGUCCUGCACGCAGCCAAGGUACUCCUUCAAAUACACUCCAGAGGAUAAAGGCGAAGAGGAAGAGGAAGAGGAGGGGGAGGAACGAUCAAUUAACUGUAUGUCUACCCUGAUCAUAAACCCCGCCUCCUCUUCAGACUCUAUCAACAAACCACCAAGGCUUCCCCCUGAAGGUCCCGUCCCACCGAAGCCCAUCCCACGCUACCUGUUGCGCUCCACCUGCUCCCUGCAGAGCAGCAGCCCUCCUCCAGAAUGGUCCCCAGGAAGCCUUGGCCACUGCUGGAGCACCCAGAGUGUUCCCGAACUCUUCUCCAAUCAGCAGCAUCCGGGCCAGUUCCAACAGAACAUGAGCACCAAGCAAAACCAGCAGAGUUGGAAUUCAGGCCAGAUGAUGUUUCGCUAUCCUAAUCCUCAAACUCAGUACGUAAACCCAAGCCCAAGCCCAAGCCCAAAUCCUAGUCCCAGCCCAUACCCCUUCCCUCUAAACCCUCCUCAGCAGUAUCACUCCAAUCUCAAUCCGUACACCAGUGCUCCUAACCUCCUUCAGCACCAAUACUUGCCCCAUCAUACUAGUCUAAACAGUCUCUACCAACCUCCAACUUCCACAAUCCCCCAGCACGACAACCCCUCCUCACCUGGUCAGCACAGCAAACUUCAUCCUAGAACUCCAGCAAUGCACCAACAGGGCUACAAUCAUCUAUACGGCCAUCAGUCACCCUACAACGCCUCUCCUCACGGCUCACAGUUUGCAUCCCCCUACCUUGGUUACAAUAUGUACAACAUGAACCCACACCUAGCGUACCACAACCCCGUCACACAGGGUCCGCCGUUUGCCCCAGAACAUGGCCUUUUCCACCCAGGGUUUGCUACUCCUCCUGCAGGCUUUUACCCAGGCCUGGCCUCUUCCCUGGGCUCGGGUCACAGCCUCCACCCGGGGCUCAAUCCUCAUGCUGCUCCCAGUCCAGGAGCCAGCCAUGGCCCGUCCAGCACUGAGAUGCAGCUGAGGAGGGUCCUGCACGACAUCAAAGACACGGUUCAGAGCCUGAGCCAGACCCAAGUCGGCACUCCGGAUGUGUUCAGUGAGCCCAGAGGGGGUCUGCCCAGCCACAAGUCUUUGGCAGAGUUUCAGCAGAAGAGGCAGAGCCUGAGCUUGUUCCGCAGACAGAUGAUGGACCUGGAGCUGUCAAUCAUUCGACAGCAGGCUCAAGUCUACAAACACCUGAGCCCUGCUGACAGGAUGGAGGUGGAGCAGCUUCAGUCUCUGAGGUCGGCGGUCAGAGAGGAGCUGCAGGAGCUGGAACAACAGCUGGAGGACCGACUGAUGGAGCUGACACAGAGCCCACCACACGGGGGUCUCCAUAGAGGCGGCAGUGUGGACAGUCUGUCCACCGCCUCUGCACUGAGAGCCAUGGAGCCAUUGUCAGACCUCCUCAGAGAGCAGCUCUACCUCCAAUCAGAGCUCAGUGAUGAUGGCCACGCCCCCUCCAGCGGCCCCUCGUCCCGAUCCUCCAGUCCAGUCAGAGGUGGAAGCCGGCAGAAAGGAGGCGUGUACCGGGCAACAAUUAACAUUAACCCUGUCCCUCCUCCUCGAUCCAUCACACACACUGAGGAAAAGGAAGAGGAGGAGGAGCUGGAUGAGCACGAGCCGGACAGAGGAAGAGGAGGAGGAGUACCAGAAGAGGAAGGGGCAGCAGGAGGAGCCAGAGUCGGGAACCUGCAGCAGCUCAUCAAAGAGAUUCGAGAGAGCUUGGCGCAGGAGGUCCGACAGGAAAUUUACAGCGAGCUGCUGGCUGCCGUGUCGCCCCAGCCCGGCAGCCGACAACCCCUGUAACACAGCAACAGCAAAGCAUCGCCCCCUUUCACCUUCAGCCUUCAUAACCACGGCAACACUGUCCGUCUGUAACACUGUAUAGCUGAGUAACACUGUUUCUGUGGAGCACUAUGUGCCUUCAACACUGUAUGUCUGUAACACUGAUGAUGAAACAUCACCCCCCUACCCCCCCCCUCCUGUGGAGCCUCCGACGGGACGCAGAGCCAUGAGGACGUUUACGUGUCUAUUGGGUUUGAAUGUGCUGGUGUAAUGCAUGCUGGGAACACCAGCCUGUGAGCCACCAGCAGAAAGCUGUUGCCUUUUUUUCUUCACGUUCCCUUUCUCUAAGCUGUUUUGAUCAAAGCUAGGCCUUAAAGUACUACCACUGCCAUUAAUACUACGAGUACUACAUCUAGUACUACUAACAUUACACUGGCAGUAUCACCACUACAAUCCCAGUCCUGUGAAUAAUAAUAAUGAUUUGGCUGAAUGAGUUUCAAUGGUAUCAGAGCGACAAACAGGUGACAGACUUCUGUGAGAAAUGCAUUAAAGUGCAUUAAUGCGCUUUAAUCUGAACUUUUUCUUCCUUUUAGUUUUGGGUAACAUUCCUUAAUAUUCAAUAAUCGCAGUCUUACUUAGCUUUUACUCAUUCCAUGCACAUUUCACCUUGAUGCAAAGGGCUCUGAGAGGUCUUACAGAUGUGUCAUUACAGAUGUAUUUUGUCCCAUGUUAGUCAACAUUCCUUCAUCUUCAUCACCGUCAUCAUCAUUGUCAUCGUGCUUCUGUUCCUCUCGCCUCAUUCACAGUUCAUGUUGUCGUGCUGGGUUUUGCUCAGCAUGGCCGAACUCAUCCUGAACUGAAAGGUUUUCACAGAAUGUCGUGCCUGUGUGUUUGUGGUGGUUGCUACAGAGCAGGUGAUGAGGUUAGUGUGUGAUGGCAUGUGAGGUACUGAGGAGUUCAAGCAGGUUUCAGUAAGUUGUCAUGGUGACAGUAAUGAUGAUGAUGAUGAUGUUAUGCUCAAUCAUAAGGAGGAGCUUAGCCAGCAGAUCAUGUAACGAUGAGCUGUUGAGUUCAAAUGUAUUUGUAUAGCAGUCUAUAGCAUCACAAGCUCAGUGCCAUUAUAUUCAAAGAAAGGCAAACAUCUCUACGGCCGAAAAUGUCGCAACACUCAGCAUCUCACCACAAAAAAAUCUAGAUCGAUAAAUAACACUUCUUGUAAGAAGAUACAUUUGUAUUUUUUGAUUUUGCGGUUAAUUAUCCAAUUAGCUGUGUUAGAAUGUUAGCUACCGACUCACCAAUUACAAAUCUGUGUGCAAUAAUAUAUAGAUAUGUAUUGAUUACUGAGUAAAUCAAUGUUAAUAUUUCAGGUCAUCCUGCACCACUUCAACUCAACAUGUCUACCAGUACAUCUGACAGAAAUGAAUCUGCAGUUUGCUGGUUUUAUUGAGAGAAACUCUAGAUUUAGCUUUUCUCUGUAUAAAAUCCACUGAGGUGAUUUAUCACUAAACAAUUCACCACUAAUGACCAAAAAAGAACAUCUGCCAGUUUACAUCAUGGGAAUUUUUUUGAAAGAUAUGUACAAUAUUUAAAGGCUAUGUUUAAGGUUAGGUUUCAUCUGUUAAACUUAUGCUCUAAAUAACACAUGUGUUUGUCAAUUUAAAAGUUGAUUUUGCACGUCAAGAAGUCCCAUGAACUAUGUCUCUAGCUAAGAACAAAUGUUACGUUAUUCUACAUGAUGUGUUUUAUUUAGCAACUAAUGAUCUUUUUUAUCAGCCAUCGAGCAAAAGAAGACCUGUUCCUCUUGUGAGUACAUCCCGAAACAUAUACAUCGCAGGAGAGAAAGUUAUGAUAUGACAUAUUUUUAUGAAAAACUGCAAAAACACUUUUUACUUGACUUGCAAAAUAAUUGUUCAAUUGACAAACAUCGUAUUUGUAAUUAAUGGUACAAUUAGUAGUUUAGUAAUCUGAUUCCAAAUGAGGUUCAAUGGUUGUCUACCAGAAGGGGCCUGACUUUGCCUCACUAUUGAACUGACAACAUGUUUCAUCAGCAUUUAGGACUGUUUGUUGUGUCCGAGAGGCCUGUCAAUCAAGACAAACACACUCAAUUCAAAAAUGGUUUGUCUUUGUGGAACAAUAUUUAACAAAAUGUCUGUACAGACUGACAUUAGAUUUGUCAGCCACACCACACAGCCUUUGUUAUUCCCUUAUCUAAAUCACUAUUAACACGCAUUUGACCUUUGAUUCUCUUCAACAUUUAUGACUUUGUGUUUGUUUAAACAUUUUUUUUUUUUGUUCACUGAUCACAAACCUUACUCUGCUGGACCAACACUCGCUGUGAACUCCGAGGCUCAAACGUGCUUUUAUUUUAUUUUUUAUCUGAUCAAGAAAAUCUGUCGCACACUUCUAAUUUCCCUGCUCUGUCUGUUGGUGUCUAUUAAUUUCUGUUAAUGUCUAAUAAUGAUGAUGUGUAUUUUGUAUUGAUGUCUUUUCAGCGGGAUGCAUGGGAGGUAUUACUCCCAUGCGAUGAGAGAUGAGAAUAAUAAAGAUGUAUUUAUUUUCAGUA